AUGCUCGACCUCGCCACUCUCCGCCACUCUCCACAAUCCGUGGAACACUCGCUGGCUGCCCGCGGCUACCCGUCACACCUGCUCGAUGACGCUCUAGCUGCCGAUGCUGCCGUCCGUGGAGAGAAAGCACGCGCUCAAGAGCUACGGGUGUCGGCCAAGGCGCUCCAGGCCGACAUCGCGGCGGCGUACAAGAGCAAUCGCCGCGAGGCUGCUUCUGAGCUGGUCGCAGAGAGACAGGCGCUCAAAGACGAGCUUGCCGCUCUAGACGCGAGCUUGGCCGAGCAUCUGGCCGCCCGAGCUGCAGCACUCGCCGCCAUCCCCAAUCUGGUCGACACAGAGGUGCCGGCAGAGCUGACAGUGGUUCGCUCGCUUGUCGCCUCCCGCGACUCGGGCUACCUCGCGCCGACUGAUCUCCAUCGCCACCACGUCCUCCUUCACAUGAUCGGUGGUGCCGACUUUGCCCGCGGCGCCAAAGUCGCCGGCUCGCGCGGCUAUUUCUUGUGCGGGCCGGGCCUGGCGCUCAAUCGCGCUUUGGCGUCGUACGGCCUUGCCUUUCUCGCCGAGCGCGGCUUUGCUGCACUCGCUCCGCCGCUCAUGAUGGCCGAUGACAUGCUGACUCGCGCCGGUCAGCUCGGGCCAGCUGCCGAGGCUGCCUUGUUCACGCUCAGCAAUCGCCAGUCGCUCAUCCCGUCGGCGGAGCAACCUCUAGCCGCUCUCCAUGCCGGCGAGCUCCUCGACGCCGAUCUGCUCCCGCUCCGCUACGCAGGCUUCUCGCAGUGCUUCCGUGCUGAGGCCAGCGAGCGGAGCGCGUCGGGCCUGUACCGAGUCCACGUUUUUGACAAGGUAGAGCAGUUUGUCAUCGCCGCCUCGCAAAGCGACGCGCGUGCCGAGCUGGACUCGAUGGUCGACAUCGCCCUCGAAUUUUACGCUUCGCUCGAGCUCUCGACGCGGCUCGUCGCUAUGCCAGCGGCAGACCUUUCGCAUGCGGCCGCGCUCAAGUUUGACAUCGAAGCCGAGUUUGCAGCCGCGCCCGAAUUCGCGCCCGACCGAUGGGGCGAGCUCGUCUCGGCCUCGUCGUGCACCGACUACCAGGCGCGCGCUCUUGACGUUCGGACCGUGCCGUCACCUGCCGUUUGUCCACCUCCCGUUUGA